GAAAUGGUUAUUUCGGCGCAAAUUGUUCAAAUGUUUGCUCUGAAAACUGUUCUGAUAUAUGCAAUCAUAUUGAUGGGAUGUGUAACUGCAAAGCUGAUAUGACGGAUUCUCGGGAAUGCAAACAAGUUUUACCAUUGACUACGGCUAGAAAAUGUGAUGAUCACUGGUUUUAUCCUAUUGGAAUGUCUAUAUUGGUCAUACUAAACGUUUUGACCUGUACUUUAUGGAUGUGUGAAAGAAAAAAGCAUGUGAAAGUGAACAGACAGUCCUCAUCUCAUUACAUAACAACUGAAGGAGAAAUGAAAGAAAAGACUUCUGAAUCACAUGAAUAUCAAGAAGUGAAUUCUGUAUCACCAGAUUUUUCGUACCAAAAUCUUACAUUUGAUGCCUGAAAAUUUUCAUUAUACAGG